UUCUAGUGACAUCCAAUCACACCAUGUGUGCAGUUGUGCUGCUGUUCUACGGCAGAGUCGGAUCAUACGGGGGCUGUACAAACCAUCCCUGGGACUACGUACAAUCCGAGUGUAUUUCAUUGCUUGUGGCGACAAGGCGUUUAUAUUCAUAGCUUUAGAUCAAAAACUACUGUCUACAACUUUACAUUAUGGAUAAAGUUGUCCUUGUCACUGGCGCAAACAGCGGCAUCGGCCUGGCCCUGUGCGAACGGCUGCUGAGCCAGGACAGCGGGGUCCGCUUGUGUUUAGCCUGUCGGAACUCGGGCCGGGCGGAGGCGGCCCGGUCGGCCCUGUUGACCUCUCACCCCGGCGCCCGCGUCGACCUGCUGGACCUCGACGUCGGCUCCGUGCGCUCGGUCCUCCGCGCAGCCCAAGAGGUCAAGGCCAGGUACCCUCGCCUUGAUCACCUGUACCUGAAUGCAGGCAUCAUGCCCAAUCCACAUGUGGACAUCAAAGCCUUUUUCAAGGGACUGUUCUCCAGUAAGGCCAUCCAGAUGUUCUCCACGGCCGAGGGUCUUCUGACGCAGCAGGACCGGCCCACCACGGACGGGCUGCAGGAAGUGUUCACCACCAACCUGUUCGGUCACUUCCUGCUGGUCCGGGAGCUGGAGGUCCUGCUGUGCGGGGCGGGGCGUCCCUCCCAGGUGGUGUGGACCUCGUCCAGCAACGCGCUGCGCUCGGCCUUCAGCCUGGAGGACCUGCAGCACGCCACCGGCACCGAGCCCUACAGCUCCUCCAAGUACGCCUCGGACCUGCUCAGCCUGGCUCUGAACCGGCACCACAACGCACAGGGUCUGUUCUCCUCGGUGAUCUGCCCCGGUCUGGUGAUGACCAACCUGACGUACGGCAUCCUGCCCUCCUUCUUCUGGACGCUCCUCAUGCCCAUCAUGUGGUUUAUCCGUAUCUUCACCAACACGUUAACAUUAACACCCUACAAUGGAGCAGAAGCCCUGAACUGGCUGUUUCUGCAAAAGCCUGAGUCGUUGGACGCAAGGGCCAAGUAUCACAGCAUGACGUCUGGCCUGGGGAACAACUACACCCAGCCCCGACAGGUAGGACUCACCCAGGCCCGUCGCCACGGUAACCUGCUGACAUGCGCCACCAUGCCAGAGCAGUGUGUUCAUGGAGGGCUCUGUCAGCCAUGCAGGAACACGGGGAGCUCCCCCCACCAGAGAUCACUUUGAAUAACCCUUUCACGGUGGAAGUCCAUCAAUAACUUAAGUGAUUAGAUGGACGUCGAUGAGGAAACCUCUGAGGCCUUGUACGGGAAGCUCCUGGAGCUGGAGAAGGUAAUGAGGAGGCGGAUCAGAGAGGGACCCGACCGGCUGUAGGCCCGGGAGACGCCCUCCGCAGUACCUGUGACCUGUGGGCGGAGCCACAACCUCAGACUGGCCUUUCUUUGACAUUUGUUGCUGGUCUAUCUGGGUGACCCCAAACACCAAGCUCUACCCGCUGCAGCCCACCCAUCCCAGGGGGGUCGUUGUGUGUCAGUUCAUUUAUUUAAAUAAAUGACUGACUGGUGAAAUCCCUUCAACUGAAUUUAUGUCUCCAUUUUGUUGUGGCCAACCACCUCUCGCCUCUGUGUUGUUAUGAUAUAACGGUUUGGUUAUAAUCAAUAAGUAUAGAUAUAGGUAGUCCUGAUACGGUCAGAACAACACUGGGGAGAUAGUUAGUCCUGAUACGGUCAGAACAACACAGGGGAGAUAGGUAGCCCUGAUACGGUCAGAACAACACUGGGGAGAUAGGUAGUCCUGAUACGGUCAGAACAACACAGGGGAGAUAGGUAGUCCUGAUACGGUCAGAACAACACUGGGGAGAUGGGUAGUCCUGAUACGGUCAGAACAACACAGGGGAGAUAGGUAGUCCUGAUACGGUCAGAACAACACUGGGGAGAUGGGUAGUCCUGAUACGGUCAGAACAACACUGGGGAGAUAGGUAGUCCUGAUACGGUCAGAACAACACAGGGGAGAUAGGUAGUCCUGAUACGGUCAGAACAACACUGGGGAGAUGGGUAGUCCUGAUACGGUCAUUGUAAUAGAAGGGAGACUUCAGGAGCUGUUGGCUGCAGUCUUCAGGUCAGAACAGAAGCUCUUGGGCCCUGACUUUACGUGUUUCAGAAGUCUGAGAACAUCUGAUCAAUGAAUGGUUCUUUUUUAUUUUCCGCAUCGUUUAAACGCAGUCCUUUGGUUCUUUUUGUUUCAAAGUGACAGACAGCUGAGACCCAGAACAAGAAACAUGUCAAGGGCAUGAUUGACAGGAUCUCUGGUCAUUCGUGCAUUGCAGGUGUCUUCCUCUCUAAUGUUUUCAUUGUCUGUUUAGGUAUUUACAGAGAAUUACAGAAUCGUAAUUAUUCUCAACCAAAUUGUUUGUUUUCCACGAUGAACAAUAUUUUUUCACAUUUGGACAAAAGAAAGCCGAUGCACAAAACCAGCAAAUCUAAAUAAAUGGAUCUGAUCUGAUG